GUCCAAGAGCAGUAGAGCCAGAUUCAAAUUAGAUCGGAGAAGCUCCUGGGCGCGCUGCGUGUGACGUCACCGCCGGCGCGCUUCCUGCCAGUCAGUCUCCACAACAACUGCGCUAAGUGUUUGGGCAGUAACUUUGGCGCCAAUUUUCUGCCUGGUUUGCCGGGCCCUACCCUGCCUUCCCCCCUCUCUGGCAGCUUUGCUAAACAGAGAGAGAGAGUGAGAGAGAGCAACAGAGAGCAACUCCAUCCCAACAACGUGCGGCUCUUCUGCCCAAUGGAGAGCUAGGAUCAGGCCAGGAGGCGGGACAUUGCUUCACAAGAGGGGAGGGUACGGCCGGCCGGCAAUAGUUUUUUUGUGGAGCGCACGCAGCAGCUUAAUGCCUGGCAGGCACCCCCUGAGACUCCUCUCUCAUCUCACCUCUAGCACGAUUCGGAACCGGAACCUGACCAAUUUACCUAAGGCUCAAUAAGCACAACACACCUGCUGCUGCCCCGCGCUCAUUAAUGUGUGCAAGUGUUCUUUUACAGGGUUUCUGCCAUGUUGAGUCCUGUUCCAUUUGAAGGCUUUCUGCUCCUUUGACGUUGUGCUGAAUUUGUAAAAAUCCUUUAGAAAGACAACCGACUUUGAAUAAUGCUGUACCAGUUUCAGAAUAUGCUGCCCACACCGGUAUAUCCACAUGUUGGCCAUGGUAUUUUUGCUGAUGUUUAUGACCCUGCAGAAGAUUCGUUUCUUUUACUUGAUGCCUUGGAGAAGGAUGCAGAGGAGCUAAAGUCCAGCGUUGAAAUUUGCCUUGAAGUGGGCUGUGGGUCUGGUGUUGUAUCUGCAUUCAUUGCAUCAGUUAUUGGACAGAAAGCUUGGUAUCUAUGUACAGAUAUUAACCCCAAGGCAGCUUAUUGUACGCUGGAGACCGCCAAGGCCAACCAGUUACACAUUGAACCAAUCAUAACAGACUUGGUUGGAAGCCAUGGAAUUGAAGCUGCAUGGGCAGGAGGCAAAAAUGGCCGAGAAGUAAUGGACAGAUUUUUCCCAUUUGUUUCCAAGCUCCUUUCGCCAACCGGCAUCUUCUACUUGAUUGUUUUAAAGGAUAACAAUCCUGAUGAGAUACUGGAAAAUAUGAGGACGGAGGGGUUGAUAGGAUCCAAGGUUCUCUGUAGACAGGCUGGCAGAGAAAACCUGUCUGUUCUGAAAUUCAAGAAAUUGUUGAAAGCACCUUGAAUGCCUUUUAAUUGAACGAUGUUCACUGACCAUUUAUCCUCUGUGAGGAAGAUUUGCAAGAACAGAUUAGGGAUUGUUUGUAAUGUGUAAAUCCCUGCAGUAAAGUAAGAAACACAUGGGUACAUUGUAAUGACUGUGCUAAAAUGUUAUAUAGCCUAUUCCACAAAAAGCAAUCUGAAGCCUGCGGGAAUAACCAUUAAUGCAACCAUGCGUUGUUCUGCUAUUAUUAAAAAAAAAAAAAAAAAAAGGUAGCAAAACAUUUUACUACCAGAAUGUCUAAAGUGUUAACAGUGAGGUGUGUGUGAUUUCUCAGUAUGACAAUCGAGAAGGUGAGAAUAACACGGGUGAAGCUUAAGAACAAAGUCCUACAAUAUCUCAGAUGCAGGAGUAUUAGAAAAUGAAAGCAGACGAGCAUCACCAGACUUACCUGUUUCUUGUGUCUUUAAUAGUAAAGAACCAGUAGCACGAGAAAGAGAUUAUACUUUAUUAACUUUUAAAGAUUAUAUCUGUUGGCCAAGCUUUUGAUCAGGUAUAGAUAUAGUAGGAACAAUGGGGCUGAUUUAUCAAAUACUGACCUAGAGAAUUCCCCAUUUGUUAUAAGUUUUAGGGACUUUUUCAGGAAUGUUUUGCCAAAUGGACACAUUUAUCAAAGCUGGUAUCUGUGUCUGUUUGUCAGAAUGUGUCUUGAGCAGUAUAAUGCCAUUCUGAUCUGGCACAACUCGAUUAAAGUGUCUCAUAUAAAUAUUUUGUAAAAAUGUGCCGAUAUUGAACUUUCUAAUAGAACUGAAGACUAUAUAUGAGAACCUAUCUGCCUAUGGAAAAAAGUUUUGGCUGGUCUGGACCCCAUGUUAGUGGUUGUCACAGUCAAAGAGACUACUGGGAAGCAACAGAAGACAGUAGUGCAAAGCUUACCCUGUCUAAGUAUUUUUUAGCAUAGUGAAGCACCAAACAUUAGCAAAUAUAUUCACUGGGGGCACCACCCCUCCCCAGUGAAUUAUAGUUUCCUAGUCCUUAAAAAUAGAUUUUUUUUGGGGGGGGGGGGUCAGCUCUGUGAGGCUGCUAUUUUACAGUUACUUUUUCCUUCUGAUCUUUCUAGUGAGAUUCUCUCCUAUUCAUUUACAGUUAUAGUCUAUCAUCAAAUAGCUUUUAUAAUUCCAGAUGCUAAAGAAAAUGCUUAAUAAUUAAAAAGGCAAUAAAUUAGACCAGUUAAACGUUUUCUCAGAAUAUUUGUUCAACUUUCAAAACAACUGGCUGCAUGCACAUGGUGUGACAUUUUUUAGCACGUAAAAACACCCACAAUUCAUUUCCACUCCAUCCCUGGUGCUGUUAAUGGUAACCGAGUGAAAAUGUACAGUAGAGCUGGUGCGCUCCAGUGACACUAAAGAAUGACAGAGGAGCAAUUUCAACACAUUGAUUUUUAGAUGGCAAAAAAUGCUCAAAACAUCACUGUUAAGUCACUUUUUACUUUGGAACUGUAUUAGCUGCACUUAAAUACUUUUCACUGUGUGUCUUGAAGCAGAAUGUUGUGAAAAUACAGAAUCAAGCAAGCUCCGUGAACCACGUUUAUGAAUAAAAAGACCAUAUAAAA